AGCCAUUUUAGUGCAUACCACAUGGAGAUACUGUAAUAGGAAAAUAUAAAAAAAGCUAAAACAAAGAGAAAAAUGAUGAAAGGAAGACGACAGAAAUAAGGCAAAUUGGAUUCACGGGUCAGUAAUAGAUGAACCACUAUCAAACAGCCAUUUCACAGAAGCCAACAAUGAUCUGAUAUCUGAUAAUUCACUCACCAAUUCAACUGUAGAAACCACUAUGGUCCCGUGAGAUCUUGUCUUUCCAUCCCAAAAGCUGCAAUCUGGCCCUUUAAAAGAGAAUUUAGAGAGUGGAUUUGUUGUUUUUUUCAGUUUUUGAUAUGUCUUCACCAUUAUUGAGUUCUUUGGUUCUUUCAAGAUUUUCUCUCCAAUUUUUCUUGAUUAUUAUCUUGUUUUUAUACACAUUAGGUAGUGAUGAAGUAGUUGUAAAUGCUGCUACUCCAGCAGUUAAAGUUGGGAACAUUUCACAGGUGGAAGAUGCUGCUUAUUUUCGCAUAUACUAUGGCCAGACAUUCAAAGUCAUCAAGAAUGGAUUUGAUGGCAAGAGCUAUCUUCUCAUUCAGGGAUGGGUUCGUUCUUCACUUGAGGAGCAUUCAAAGAAGAAGGGUGGGGAUGGUAACCCAUCUGCAUGAGACGUGAAAGGAUCUUUAAAAGUUGUACUUUUUUGGUAUGCGUGAUGAACAGAUGAUGUGCCACGAUCGGCGGCAAAAUUAAAUUCAGUUCUAAUAAAGGAAGUCAAAGAAUUAAGUUGGUGAGACAAGCAAGAU